UGCUGUGCUUUUCCAGCACCACUCUGAUCUAGACUCUGAUCUCCAGCACCUGGAGUCCUCACUUUUGCUUAGUUAUCAGUUAUUGAGUGUCCAGGGCGGGAGGUAUCAGUUAACCACGUCCCAGGCGGGAGGUAUUGGUUAUCCAGUGUCCCGGGCGGGAGGUAUCGGUUAUCCAGUGUCCAGGGCGGGAGGUAUCGGUUAUCUAGUGUCCAGGGCGGGGGAGUAUCGGUUAUCCAGUGUCCCGGGUGGGGGGUAUCGGUUAUCCAUUGUCCAGGGCAUGAGUUAUCGGUUAUCCAGUGUCCAGGGUGGGGGUAUCGGUUACCCAGUGUCCAGGGCGGGGUUAUCGGUUAUCCAGUGUCCAGGGCGGGGGUAUUGGUUAUCCAGUGUCCAGGGCGGGGGAGUAACGGUUAUCCAGUGUCCAGGGCGGGGUAUCGGUUAUCCAGUGUUCAGGGCGGGGGAGUAUCGGUUAUCCAGUGUCCCGGGCGGGGGGUAUCGGUUAUCCAGUGUCCAGAGUGGGAGGUAUCGGUUAUCCAGUGUCCAGGGCGGGGGAGUAUCGGUUAUCCAGUGUCCCGGGCGGGGGAGUAUCGGUUAUCCAGUGUCCAGGGCGGGGUAUCGGUUAUCCAGUGUCCCGGGCGGGGGUAUCGGUUAUCCAGUGUCCAGGGCGGGGGUAUCGGUUAUCCAGUGUCCCGGGCGGGGUAUCGGUUAUCCAGUGUCCCGGGCGGGUAAGUGCCGGUCCUCCGGGGCCGGGGGGCGGAGUUACUUUCGGCGGGCAUUUUGGCGCUUUCUCCGUUUGUGUGCGUCGGUCGGUCCGGACUUGUGUCGGGAAUCGGUUGUCGGUGCUCACUUUCCUUCGGGAGAUACCAUGACAACACCUUUAGAUAGCUUGUCAAAAGAUGCCAUCAAUCUGACUCUGCAUAAUCAAAUGAAGAAUGAUUCUGGUAAAGAAAAUGAAGAUGGUUGCAAACUUUCAACAGAGAUUAAAAUGGAUAUUGACAGACUAUAUGAAGUAGUACCUCAGUUAUCCAAGAUCUUUUUCAUAGAAGAUAAAAUUGGUGAAGGUACAUUCAGUUCUGUGUAUUUGGCUACUGCUCAGUUGAAGUCAGGAAUGGUAGAGAAGUUUGCACUUAAACAUCUAAUUCCCACGAGCCAUCCAGUGCGAAUUGCUGCUGAACUUCAGUGUCUGACAGUUGCUGGGGGUGAAGACAAUGUAAUGGGAGUUAAAUACUGCUUAAGGAAAGAUGAUCAUGUGGUUAUUGUCAUGCCAUAUCUAGAGCAUGAGUCCUUUUUGGAUCUUUUGAGUUCUAUAAAGUUGGAAGAUGUACGGGAGUAUAUGUAUAACUUAUUAAAAGCCUUGAAACGCAUUCAUCACUUUGGUAUCAUUCAUCGUGAUAUCAAGCCAAGUAACUUCCUAUAUAAUGGACGCCUGAAAAAGUAUGCAUUAGUGGACUUUGGUUUAGCUCAGGGUACACCUGACACUAAAAUAGAACUCCUUAAAGUCGUAAAGACAGAGGACCAACAGGGAAGUAGCUCAAAGAACAAACCGACAACCAGCACUGGAAAUAAGCUUCCAAACAGUGGAACAGCGAAUAAACCUCUGGCUCAACAUGCUUCUGGCAAACAGCCUAUUAAAAGGCCCUGGCCUCUUUCACAAGCUAAAAAUGGAAAGGGAGAUUCAUCAGUUCUGCGCUCUGUAUUUGGGGAAAGAAAUUUGAACGUCCGUAGCACUGAAGUUUAUGAAGGUACAAGCAGUAAGCCAAUGAGACCUACAAAAACUGUAGAUGUUCCAUCCAGAAAAAUAAUAGUGGCAAAACGCAAAAUAACAACCAAGUGUACAGCAAGCAGCUUAAGCCGGAGGCCUGCCAUUUGUCCAUCAGAACUAACUUGUGACUGUUACACAACAGAUAGGAUUUGCAGUGUUUGUCUCUCAAGACGCCAACAAGUUGCCCCAAGAGCAGGUACUCCAGGAUUCAGAGCACCAGAAGUCUUAAUGAAGUGCCCACAUCAGACUUCAGCUAUUGACAUGUGGUCUGCAGGCGUCGUCUUUCUCUCCUUGCUGAGUGCCCGAUACCCAUUUUUCAAAGCCAGUGAUGAUUUGACUGCUUUGGCACAGAUCAUGGCUAUCCGUGGAUCGAAAGAAACCAUUCAGGCUGCUAAAUCAUUUGGUAAAGCAGUUUCGUGUAGCAAGGAAUGUCCAAAAUUGGAUUUGAAGACUCUGUGUGAAAGACUACGAGGAACAGAUUGUUCAAGUAAAAGAAAACCAAACCAAAAAAUUGAGCCAAAGGAGAGGUUACAAAUUGCUGGCAAUGUGCCAGCUCCAACUAGAAAGGAUGAUGAAAAGUCUGAUUCCUUGAUAUACAAAGAAGAGUUUCACAGCCAACCAAGAAGAAUCAAACAGGAUAUUCAAGGGGACUCUGGUUUCAAAAGCACAGCUAGAUCAUCAGAUAUAAAGGGCUGGACUAGAGUUCCAGACCUAGCAUAUGACCUCCUAGACAGGCUUUUAGAUUUGAACCCAGCAACUAGGAUAACAGCAGAACAGGCUUUGAAGCACCCAUUCUUUGAAGACAUAUAAGUCAUUGGAAUAUUAAAUGAUUUGUGUUGCAUGUGUGGGAUAAGCACAGAAUUACAUGAUUUAGUACUAGCAGGUGCUUAUUUAAAGCAGAUUUUAUUGACUUCAAUUCUGAAUUUUAUACCAAUUGAGUUAAAUCAGCCAGCCUCCUCUUUCAAUCCAGUCAUGGAAUUUAUUUAUUUCCUUCAUAUUCCUGACCACUGCCAUUCCCUUGUCCCCUUUCUCCAAUCCAUUGCUCUCUUUUGAGAGUUUAAAAACAAAGCUGCCUUUUAAACAAACAAGUGCUUCUAAUGAUUUUAAAAAUCAUUUUAUUUUCCUUCCUAACACUUCUAUGGCAUACAACAAUCCACACAACAUGUCGUAGGUCCACUCAUUUCAGCCCAUGUUCCUGAAGAGCCCACCACCUGGAUUGACUGAUUUACCGAUUCGUGGAGCAGCUGUGGUUGAAACUAACAUGAAAACCAUAUGAAAUUCAUCUCACCAAUGACUUUAAUGUGAAUGUCAAUGUGAAUUCUUUUUUUGAAGAACAGCUGGAAGAAUUGCACCUAAUUGGAAGUUGCAUUCUAUCAAUAAUACUGCCCAGUGCUAUUUGCAUUAUUUCACAUUUUGUAUGUUUUACUUUAAAGUUUUGCCCUUUCAAACUACUGUCUUCAAACAAAAUGAUGUGGCAGUCUUGCCUACGUCAAUAACCAUGAUAUUAAGCACAUUCCUCGUCACAUCAGUUAUAGGUUGCAGUAGCAUUUAUUAACAGAGAGAGUUAUUUGACAGCUUGUGCGAACAGAAGAGAACAAAAUUAAAAUAAAUAUUUGUUUAUUUCUGAACUGUUGGCGCUCAUCUUUAUCACUGAAUGUAGUGGCAUCCUCAAUGUUUGUGCAGUUAACUUGUACUUGUUUAGUUUUGUUUUUCCAUUUUAUAAUUUUAAAAUUUUGCUUUAUAGUUUUGAUUAAACCUAACUACCAAAACCGUUUUUAUAAUUUUGUUUUAGAUACCUGGCAAAACAUUAAAAUGCUUCAAAAUGUU